AGGAGAGAAAGAAAGAGAAAGAGAGAGGAGAGGGAGAGACAGAGGGAAGAGGUUGGAGGCGAACGUGUUGGAGGCGAACGUGUUGCAUCUGUGGAGCGGGAGGAUGGGCGCUAAGCAGAGCAGUCCGGCUACAGCGAAUGGACGGACCAGGGCUUACUCGGGCUCGGAUCUACCCUCCAGCAGCCGGUCUGGCGGCUCCGGAGCCGCCGCCGCCUCCUCCUCCUCCUCCUCCGCCGCCGUGGUGACCGGGGGGCCUCUGGGCGGAGCUGCCCGCUACCACCUGCCCUCCCCCGGCUCCCCCGGCCCCCCCGGGCGGGGCUCGGGCUCGGGCAGCCCGGGACAGGCUCUGGGCUCCAGGACCAGGUCGAUGGGGGCGAACAGCCGCACUCAGUCCCUCAACCAGUCCCUGCACAUCCCCGGCGGCGCCCACAGCCCUCGGGAGUCGGACAGCAGCGCCGCCCCGGAGGACAGCUCCGGGGACAGGGCAGCGCACGGGGGGCCUCGGCUCCUCAUAGGAUCCCUCCCCGCACACCUGUCACCUCACCUGUUUGGAGGUUUCAAGUGCCCCGUGUGCUCAAAAUUUGUUUCGACAGACGAAAUGGAUUUGCACCUUGUGAUGUGUCUGACAAAACCAAGAGUAACCUACAAUGAGGAUGUGCUGAGUAAAGACACUGGGGAAUGUGCAAUAUGCCUCGAAGAGCUGCAACAGGGAGACACCAUUGCACGACUGCCUUGUCUAUGUAUAUAUCAUAAAGGAUGCAUAGACUCUUGGUUCGAAGUGAAUAGGUCCUGUCCUGAGCACCCUUCCGAUUAAUGGAUGGAUUGAAGCGUGCAUUUGCCAUUUCUAUAGGUUUUCUUGCUAUCUUAUCAGUGGAAUAACUCGACUUCAAGUAAAGCGAGGCUGUGACUGAACUCUUAAUAGCUGAAAAUCUUAAAGAUUGUGAUGAUCAUUUGCUGCUGCCUCAGUGAUGAUAGGAUACCGGUCUUCUGUUCUUUACAAAUAAUGCCUACAGAUUCAGUGACACUGCAUCCUUCAUCUCCUUUUUAAGCAAUAGACAAACUUCCCAUGGCUGCUUAGCCAUUCGGACUUGGUGUGCCAAAUGUAAAUGAAGGACACACGGGGAUUCCAUUUUUUUGUAUACAGUCAGUUUUAAUUGUGUGACAAUUAGUUCAUGCAUUUCUAUGUUUUUGAUUUGAAUGCACAUACUGAUUAAUUUGUCAUCUCCAAUAUUCAUCUUCUUACUUUUUUUUGCACUAUUAUAGUGCAGAGAGAGCAUGGCUACUCAUGAUGGAUGUGUGGACCUCCUCAACAUGGAGACCAAGAUCAUAAAUCUGAAGCCAUCUCUACACAGAUGAACAGUGGCACUGCUAAUCCAACCCAGUUUCCAGACUACAUGCUAAAAAGGAAAAUCAGCAUGGAUCAUUUCAAAUGGAUUUGGAUUCCGCAGUUUUUAAACCUCAGUUCCUUAUAUAUGUUAUACAAAGGAGGAUUGUCAGAAUGGCCACCUUUUUGCUCACUGAUGAGGUAAUUUGGGGAACCUUAUGAUCAAACUAUCUUUCCGUGAAAAUGUGAAAUUCUUUUGAAGUGCCCUUGAAGAAGUAGAUGACGCUCUGGAUUUACACGCUGUCUCUCCAUCUCUGGGACAUAACAUGAGUUUGAAUCCAGUUCAGAUGGAUGGCGGAUGACAAGACCACUUCUCUGUUGGUUGUAAGGUCCAAUGUAAAAUUAGUUUGACCUGCCUCAAUCUAACUGUGGUGUUAGUCCACAGCACAAAACUGUCCACAAGCCAGCAUUAGUUUGGCAACCUAAGUCAAAGGGGCCAUAAGAACAGAUGGAGUGAGAAGUGGAAAUGCCAUUUUGGACGUGCUUCUGAGGUUGAGGUUAAGGCACAUUAUUGUGGCAGAGUGGAGGAAGGAUUACUCUGGAUUUGGCUGUGCCUGAUCUGGGAAUGCUUGAUGUUGACACUGGAGAUUCAAUUCUACUUCUGCUCAGUGCUGAACUAUCCCGAGCUUUUUUUUAAAAAAAAAGUACAUAUGUAUGUCUGUCUUUUCUGCCCAGCCACCAGAGAGUGAAAAGCAAUUGGUUAAUUGAGAAUGUUUCAGUCCAGAUUCAGGGAAUCGUCUCCUCGUCUUCACCCUCCGAGGUCAAAGCUUCUCAUAACCAAACCUGGAAAAUUGAAACGAAUGAAAUAUAAUGAUUAAUAACCUAUUAUUACUUUGAUAACGUAGAAAAACGCAGAAGUGGUGAUGCGAUCAUGAUACAUGACGGAAGACAUUCUUUUUAGAAUUUAUUUACUUCGGUCCAAAUUUUUUAAAAACCAUAAUAAACGUGGUUGAGAAUUAA